AGACACAAGUCAGCUGACUAAACUUUUAUCAUUGGUCUUGUGAUAAGUUGCAAACUCCGCCAUUCUCGGAUCAUCUUUUCAAUCUUUACCGUCCCUUAAAGAACACUUAAUUCAAAAUGGCGACAAAGGGCGGUUUGAAGAAGAUCGCCGAUGAGGAGAACGAGGAGAGAUUCGGUUAUGUGUUUGCCGUGUCUGGUCCCGUCGUAACGGCGGAGAAGAUGUCCGGCUCCGCUAUGUACGAGCUGGUGCGUGUGGGUUACAACGAACUGGUGGGCGAGAUCAUUCGUCUUGAAGGCGAUUUAGCCACCAUUCAGGUAUACGAAGAAACAUCAGGCGUAACAGUCGGCGACCCCGUGCUCCGAACUGGCAAACCCUUGUCCGUGGAGCUUGGUCCCGGUAUCCUGGGCUCCAUCUUUGACGGUAUCCAGCGACCCUUGAAGGACAUCAACGAGCUGACACAGUCCAUCUACAUCCCAAAGGGUAUCAACGUGCCCGCCUUGGGGAGAGAAAUCGACUGGGAGUUCAACCCUCUCGGUGUUAAGGUCGGGUCUCACAUCACCGGUGGAGACUUGUACGGUAUUGUACACGAGAACACGCUGGUGAAGCACAAGAUGCUGGUGCCGCCCAAGGCAAAGGGUACCGUCACAUACAUCGCACCCGCAGGCAACUACAAAGUCACUGAUAUUGUGCUGGAGACGGAGUUCGACGGUGAGAAGGCGAAGUACAGCAUGCUGCAGGUGUGGCCGGUGCGACAGCCGCGCCCCGUCACCGAGAAGCUGCCUGCCAACCAUCCUCUGCUCACCGGACAGCGGGUGCUGGACUCACUCUUCCCAUGUGUGCAGGGUGGUACGACUGCCAUCCCCGGUGCCUUCGGGUGCGGGAAGACCGUCAUCUCGCAGGCGCUCUCCAAGUACUCCAACUCUGAUGUCAUCAUCUAUGUCGGUUGCGGCGAGCGUGGUAACGAGAUGUCAGAAGUACUGCGAGACUUCCCCGAGCUGACUGUGGAGAUCGAGGGUGUGACGGAGUCCAUCAUGAAGCGUACAGCUCUCGUCGCCAACACAUCCAACAUGCCUGUAGCUGCUCGAGAGGCCUCCAUCUACACCGGCAUCACUCUAUCCGAGUACUUCCGUGACAUGGGCUACAACGUGUCUAUGAUGGCUGACUCCACGUCGCGUUGGGCGGAGGCGCUGCGUGAGAUCUCUGGGCGGCUGGCGGAGAUGCCCGCAGACUCCGGCUACCCCGCCUACCUGGGCGCCAGGCUCGCCUCCUUCUACGAGCGCGCCGGACGCGUCAAGUGUCUCGGCAACCCCGACAGGGAGGGAUCCGUGUCGAUCGUGGGCGCGGUGUCGCCCCCCGGUGGUGAUUUCUCGGACCCUGUGACGUCAGCGACGCUGGGUAUCGUGCAGGUGUUCUGGGGUCUGGACAAGAAGCUCGCGCAGAGGAAACACUUCCCCUCCAUCAACUGGCUCAUUUCAUACAGCAAGUACAUGCGCGCGCUGGAUGACUUCUAUGAAAAGAACUACCCAGAGUUUGUACCACUCAGGACAAAGGUGAAGGAGAUCCUGCAGGAGGAGGAGGACCUGACUGAGAUCGUACAGCUGGUGGGCAAGGCGUCCCUCGCGGAGACGGACAAGAUCACCCUCGAGGUCGCCAAGUUGCUGAAGGACGACUUCUUGCAGCAGAACAGUUACUCUGCCUACGAUCGUUUCUGUCCGUUCUACAAGACAGUGGGCAUGCUCAAGAACAUGAUCGCGUUCUACGACAUGUCGCGACACGCCGUGGAGUCCACCGCGCAGUCCGACAACAAGGUGACGUGGAAUGUGAUCCGCGACGCCAUGGGCAACGUCCUCUACCAGCUCUCCUCCAUGAAGUUCAAGGAUCCAGUGAAAGAUGGCGAGGCUAAGAUCAAGGCGGACUUUGAGCAGCUGCUGGAGGAUAUGUCGGCCGCCUUCCGCAACCUCGAGGACUAGAUACUCCCCCCCUCUCCCCCCUUGUUACAAUUAGUCCUAAUUCGACUCUUUUGAGUGCGUAGCGUUAUGAUGUAUAGAUGUAUUGUGACUAUUCCGCCAUGUUUCUGUUAUCCCCCGCGGCCGGCAGCAGGUCAGGCGCCGCUACUUGUUAUUUAUAUGAUUAUAUAAUUAAAUAUUGCUAUUUAUGUGAAAUUCUUUAAUCAAUGUGAGUCGUAUCGAGCCCCAGCAUUCCACGGCGAGCAUGUCGCCAUCAUGUCGACGCCAUGUCGCCGCCAUGUCGCCUCUCCAGUAUUAUAAAUGGCGGUUGUACAAAUAUAACACUCUAUAAAUUAUUAUAUCUAGCUGUUUGCAGUUACGUGUUGAGGUGACGAAAGUUAUAU